AGAGCUUAACCUCAUUGGGGUGGAGGAGAAGGCGGCGGCUCUCCGGUCCGCAGCGGCAACAGUAGCGAAUAAUACGACUAAUGGACUGCUGAAUUAUGAAGAAUUUCAGACCCAAUAGCAGAACCUCACUUGGCCACUCACUCCUUUAUCUCCUACUAGUUAUUUAAAUUGGACUUUUAAUAUCCUACCAGCUGCUCUUCAGACACACAUGGUGCAUUGUUGCCAUUCCCCGGAUUGCAUCUUUGAAACACAGGCUCUUAGUAACUUUCAGCGAACAAAGAGGCAACCUCCCGGGUAUAUUUCCUGGGAGGGUGUCACCCUGACUGCCCUCUAGCUUCUGCUGGAUCUGGAUUUGAAUUCCACCAUGGAGCCUCGCAUGGAGUCCUGCCUGGCACAGGUGUUGCAGAAGGAUGUGGGGAAACGACUACAGGUUGGCCAAGAACUUAUAGACUAUUUCUCAGACAAACAGAAGUCUGCUGACCUUGAACAUGACCAGACCAUGUUAGAUAAACUUGUGGAUGGGCUUGCUACCUCUUGGGUGAACUCUAGCAAUUACAAGGUGGUUCUUCUCGGCAUGGACAUCCUGUCCGCCCUGGUCACCCGGCUGCAGGACCGGUUCAAGGCACAGAUUGGCACAGUGCUGCCAAGUUUAAUAGACAGACUGGGAGACGCUAAAGACUCUGUGCGAGAGCAAGACCAGACUCUGCUGCUGAAGAUCAUGGAUCAAGCUGCUAAUCCCCAGUAUGUGUGGGACCGAAUGCUGGGAGGCUUCAAGCACAAGAAUUUCCGGACUCGGGAAGGCACGUGCCUCUGCCUUGUUGCCACACUCAAUGCCUCUGGAGCACAUACAUUAACACUAAGCAAGAUUGUGCCACAUAUAUGUAAUUUACUUGGAGAUCCAAACAGCCAGGUUCGAGACGCAGCAAUAAACAGCUUAGUGGAGAUUUACAGACACGUGGGAGAACGUGUGAGGGCAGACCUCAGUAAGAAAGGAUUGCCGCAGUCCCGGUUGAAUGUAAUUUUUACAAAAUUUGAUGAAGUCCAAAAAUCUGGAAACAUGAUACAGUCAGCAAACGAUAAAAAUUUUGAUGAUGAAGAUUCUGUGGAUGGUAAUAGACCUUCCUCUGCUAGUUCUACAUCAUCCAAAGCUCCGCCCAGCUCACGGAGAAAUGUUGGAAUGGGGACCACCCGCCGGCUUGGGUCAUCCACUCUGGGAUCCAAGUCUUCAGCUGCAAAAGAAGGAGCUGGUGCUGUCGAUGAAGAGGACUUUAUUAAGGCAUUUGAUGAUGUACCUGUCGUGCAGAUUUAUUCCAGCCGAGACCUUGAGGAAUCCAUAAACAAGAUUAGGGAAAUAUUAUCUGAUGACAAGCAUGAUUGGGAGCAAAGAGUAAAUGCUCUAAAAAAGAUAAGAUCUUUACUUUUGGCUGGUGCUGCUGAGUAUGAUAACUUCUUUCAACAUUUGCGUCUUUUGGAUGGAGCCUUUAAACUCUCUGCUAAGGACCUGCGGUCUCAGGUAGUGCGGGAGGCUUGUAUCACCUUGGGGCAUCUGUCAUCAGUUCUGGGAAAUAAGUUUGACCAUGGAGCUGAAGCCAUUAUGCCAACUAUCUUUAAUUUAAUUCCAAAUAGUGCCAAAAUUAUGGCCACUUCUGGUGUUGUAGCUGUUAGGUUAAUCAUUCGGCACACACACAUCCCUAGGCUAAUACCUGUCAUAACAAGCAACUGUACCUCUAAGUCUGUCGCAGUUAGAAGGCGCUGUUUUGAAUUUUUAGAUUUACUUUUACAAGAGUGGCAGACACAUUCGCUGGAACGACAUAUAUCAGUAUUAGCCGAAACAAUAAAGAAAGGAAUACAUGAUGCGGAUUCUGAAGCAAGGAUAGAAGCCAGAAAGUGCUAUUGGGGUUUUCACAGUCACUUCAGCAGAGAAGCAGAGCACCUGUACCACACCCUCGAGUCCUCCUACCAGAAAGCCCUGCAGUCCCACCUGAAGAACUCCGACAGCAUCGUGUCUCUGCCGCAGUCCGACCGCUCAUCCUCCAGCUCUCAGGAGAGUCUGAACCGACCACUCUCUGCCAAAAGAAGUCCUACUGGAAGCACCACCUCUAGAGCUUCUACAGUUAGUACCAAAUCCGUGUCAACAACUGGGUCCCUCCAGCGGUCUCGAAGCGAUAUUGACGUGAACGCAGCAGCCAGUGCCAAGUCCAAGGUGUCUUCGGUCUCAGGCGCUACGCCUUUCAGCUCUGCAGCGGCCUUGCCUCCCGGGUCAUACGCAUCCUUAGGUCGGAUCCGCACGAGACGGCAGAGCUCCGGAAGCGCCACCAAUGUCGCCACCACACCUGACAAUCGAGGCCGCAGUCGCGCCAAAGUGGUUUCACAGUCCCAGCGAUCCAGAUCUGCUAAUCCUGCUGGUGCUGGCAGCCGGUCAAGUUCCCCAGGGAAAUUGUUGGGAAGUGGUUAUGGUGGCCUUGCUGGGGGUUCCUCAAGAGGCCCACCUGUGACCCCCUCUUCAGAAAAACGAAGCAAGAUUCCCAGGAGUCAGGGAUGUAGCCGAGAAACAAGUCCAAACCGAAUAGGAUUAGCACGGAGCAGCCGUAUCCCUCGACCCAGCAUGAGUCAGGGGUGCAGCCGUAAUACCAGCUGUGAGAGCAGCCGCGAUACGAGCCCCGCUCGGGGCUUUCCUCCACUCGACCGGUUUGGGCUUGGCCAGGCAGGAAGAGGACCUGGCUCUGUGAAUGCCAUGCGAGUUCUGAGCACGAGUACAGACCUUGAGGCUGCUGUUGCUGAUGCUUUGAAGAAGCCUGUGAGGAGGAGGUACGAGCCAUAUGGGAUGUACUCUGAUGACGACGCCAACAGCGACGCCUCAAGUGUUUGCUCUGAGCGCUCGUACGGCUCCAGGAACGGUGGCAUUCCCCAUUAUCUGCGGCAGACGGAGGACGUGGCGGAAGUUCUCAACCACUGUGCCAGUUCCAACUGGUCAGAAAGGAAAGAAGGGCUCCUAGGCCUGCAGAACUUACUGAAGAGCCAAAGAACACUGAGUCGAGUAGAAUUGAAAAGACUGUGUGAGAUCUUCACCCGAAUGUUUGCUGACCCUCACAGCAAGAGAGUUUUCAGUAUGUUUUUGGAGACUCUUGUGGAUUUUAUAAUAAUUCAUAAGGAUGACUUGCAAGACUGGCUUUUUGUUCUUCUCACACAAUUACUUAAGAAAAUGGGAGCAGACUUACUUGGAUCUGUGCAGGCAAAAGUUCAGAAGGCUCUAGAUGUCACCAGGGACUCCUUUCCAUUUGAUCAACAGUUUAACAUUUUGAUGAGAUUUAUUGUGGAUCAAACUCAAACUCCUAACCUCAAGGUCAAAGUUGCAAUCCUGAAGUACAUUGAGUCCCUCGCUCGGCAGAUGGAUCCAACAGAUUUUGUAAACUCUAGUGAGACGAGGCUUGCUGUUUCUAGAAUUAUAACUUGGACGACAGAACCAAAGAGUUCAGACGUGAGAAAGGCAGCACAAAUUGUGCUGAUCUCUCUGUUUGAAUUGAACACUCCUGAAUUUACCAUGUUACUUGGUGCCUUGCCAAAAACAUUCCAGGAUGGUGCCACCAAACUCCUGCAUAACCACCUCAAGAACGCUAGUAACACCAGUGUGGGCUCUCCGAGCAAUACAAUUGGCCGAACUCCCUCCCGACACACCAGCAGCAGGACCAGCCCCCUGACCUCACCCACCAACUGUUCCCAUGGGGGCCUAUCUCCCAGUCGGUUGUGGGGUUGGAGUGCCGAUGGCCUAUCGAAGCACCCACCUCCCUUUUCUCAGCCCAACUCCAUUCCCACCGCUCCCUCCCACAAGACUCUCAGGCGCUCUUACUCUCCCAGCAUGCUGGAGUAUGAUACAGAGAACCUGAACUCUGAAGAAAUUUAUAGUUCUCUGCGUGGAGUUACGGAAGCCAUUGAAAAGUUUAGUUUUCGAAGCCAAGAGGAUCUGAAUGAGCCAAUUAAACGAGAUGGCAAGAAGGACUGUGAUAUUGUGUCCCGUGAUGGUGGAGUUGCCUCGCCUGCCACUGAAGGCCGGGGCGGCAGCGAUGUGGUGGAGGGAGGCAGAACAGCUCUGGAUAACAAGACGUCCCUUCUCAACACCCAGCCUCCCCGCGCCUUCCCAGGGCCCCGGGUGCGAGACUACAAUCCGUACCCGUACUCCGACACCAUCAACACCUAUGACAAGACAGCCCUGAAGGAGGCCGUGUUUGAUGAUGACAUGGAGCAGCUUCGAGAUGUGCCCAUUGACCAUUCGGACUUGGUGGCUGACCUUCUGAAAGAGCUGUCCAACCACAACGAGCGAGUGGAGGAGCGGAAAGGCGCCCUGCUGGAGCUGCUCAAGAUCACGCGCGAGGACAGCCUGGGCGUGUGGGAGGAGCACUUCAAGACCAUCCUGCUCCUGCUGCUGGAGACGCUCGGGGACAAAGACCAUUCCAUCCGAGCACUAGCACUGAGGGUUUUACGAGAAAUUCUGAGGAACCAGCCAGCAAGAUUUAAAAACUACGCCGAGCUGACCAUUAUGAAGACUCUGGAAGCCCAUAAAGAUUCCCAUAAGGAGGUAGUGAGAGCGGCUGAGGAGGCGGCGUCCACACUGGCCAGCUCCAUCCACCCAGAGCAGUGCAUCAAAGUUCUCUGUCCCAUCAUCCAAACAGCCGACUACCCUAUCAACCUCGCCGCCAUCAAGAUGCAGACCAAAGUCGUCGAGAGGAUCGCCAAGGAGUCCUUGCUGCAGCUCCUCGCUGACAUCAUCCCAGGCUUGCUACAGGGCUAUGACAACACCGAAAGCAGUGUACGUAAGGCCAGCGUGUUUUGCUUAGUGGCAAUUUAUUCCGUAAUUGGAGAAGAGCUGAAACCUCACCUCGCGCAGCUCACGGGGAGCAAGAUGAAGCUACUAAACUUAUAUAUAAAGAGGGCCCAAACCACGAACAGCAACAGCAGCUCCUCCUCCGACGUAUCCACACACAGCUAAUACAGCACCACAGUCUCUUCGUGUAGCCCUAGAAGCAAUCGGUGGCGCCUCUCAGAGACCCUCCCCGACCCUCCCCCUCAUCGGCUGCCCAGUCAGUACAAGGAGGCCCGCAAAUAUUUAUUACAAUCAGUAUUUUGGUCCCUUUCAGCUUUUGUGUAGAAUCUUACUGGUAUUGAAUGUAAAGGAAGCAAGGCCUGUAUUACAAUCUUCAUACAAAGCAAAUGGAAUAAGAAAAGAGCCAUACGUGAACACGUCUUGUACAGUCGGCUGAGAUCACAAAACCGCGCAGUUUCAAAAAUAUCAGAGCUCUCUAGCCAAUACUUGGUAGAAAGUAGCAUUUUCUCUUAGUUAAUAACAUUGGAGGAGGGUAUGUUAAUUUGUGCUUCUCUCUCAUCCUCGCUUACUUCCUUCUGGAUACGGCCUGUGACGCCAGGACAGGGUCAUACGUCUUUGAGUUGUACUGUGAGACCUACUAAGAAUGUGAGUCCAGUCUUGGCAAGAAAAAGAGAAAAGCCUGAAGACAGUCUUGUAACAACCACGUGGGAUUUUGCUUGUACACGAUCUAGACUGGAGGCCCAGGGCCCCCUCCGCAGGCUCCUUCCAGGACGGGCUCCCCGCCCCUCCGAACACUCCACUCUCACUAUCCCCACCCGGAGCUUCCAGUUGAAAUCUUUCUUCUGUUUCAAUCCAAACUCAAAAAUCAGAGUAAAUCUGUAGCAGCCAUCAUGGGUGCCUAACGUGGCAUUUCAUGAAGCGUGGAAGGUACAAGAGAAGGGGUGUGUGUGUGUGUGUGUGUGUGUGUGUUCCGCUCCUCAGCUCUUGGGGAGACACCAUGUUAACAGUCUCCGCCUUGACCCUGGUGCUUGGUGGUUUGGAUCUUUGGAUUUAGCGCCAUCUCAGUUUCUCCCCGGCAGCCUCUGCCGAGGCUGCUCAGUUCUGAAGCGUUCUCCGUCCGUCUGGUAAAGGGCGACUCUGUCAUCCCAGUUUUGCCUUCUCGGUUUAAUUUAGGAGUAAGAGCAAAGAAAAGUCCAGAGAAGCCAAGUAUCAGAAUCUUUUUUUUUUUUUUAAAUUUUAUGAAUAUAAGUACUUCCUUGCUCAUCUGUUGAAAUAAUCCUUGUUUAAGGAUAAAGUAAUUUAGCGGCUGGCAAAUUGCAGAAAAACAGACUUUAAAACCCAGUUUUAAAGUCUGUUUCCUUUUCUCCAGUGAGAAAUUAUCAGAGAAACUACCCUUCUGAAAAUAUUCUCUUAAGGGUGUGAUUGCUCCAGUAAAAGGAGCUCUAGACUUGGAAUCUGGUUAAAUCCAUUUUCAGUAAAAUUCUCAAAGCCAAAUGGAAAUCCUUGAUGCCAUUACAAAGACUUCUAUCCUCUGUCCAAAUGGAACUGGUUUUUCCCUCCAAAAAAUGCCUACUCUGGUAUUUUUUUCAUGAGGCGUUCACUGUUCCGAUGCUGAAUCCCCUGCAGCCAGCACCACUGAGAACAGAGACCAUGUGGGGUCAUCACGGACAUCCCUAGACAUUCCCCUGCUCUGGUCCUGUGGCCUUGUGUUGGAAGUUGUGACACUGUAGCACACAUAAACUCAGUUUCAUUCAGAAUUUAUUUUAGAUAAUUUGGAGCUAGGCACUGAAAAUGAAGGUCCAGGAACAGUGAAGCCAGGGUGCCUUCACAGAGA